AUGGAGAAAAUAUUUCAGGUUAUGAGGUGCCAGGAUCCCCAGAGACUGAUGUACUCUGUCUAUAUGCUUGAGGGAGAUGCCCACGAGUGGUGGUACAAUGCAUCUCGCCCGUUUACUAUUCAAGGAGAGGAAUUGACAUGGGCUUUAUUUGAGAUAUUAUUUCAUGAGGAGUAUUUUCCUAGGGAUGUCCGGGAAGCUAAACAGGAUGAAUUUGAGAAAUUGGUACAGGGUACCAUGUCUAUUGAUACUUAUCUGGCCAAGUUUAAUGAAUUGGUCAUGUUCGCAAAUUAUGGGGGUGUUCUGCCUACCCCGGAAUUCUUGUCUGCUAAAUUUCAGAGAGGGUUAAAUGAGAAGAUUGCCAAGAGGAUGUCUAAUACUGCUGUUAGGAAUUUUGUUGAUUUAGUGACCCAGUGCAAGAGGGUUGAAACUGUUUAUGGCAGGUAUCCGAAGUCUAGUUCUUCGAGAGAGCAGGAUAACAGAAGGACAUUCGUUCCUUCUGGUAAUAAUAACAGGGAUGGCUACCAUCAGAAUAAUAAUAGAGGUUGGGGGUUGCAGUUAAGGAAACCUCCUGGUCAGUUCAAGAGGGGUGGUGGUCAGAGAAGCGAUUUUAAUGAUAGGAAUUCUACUCCCCAUUGUGAUAAAUGUAAGAGAUGUAUUCCUGUCAGUAUGGAUGUGAUUAGCCAUUUGACUAGGGAACUUUGA